AUGCAUUUCCUCGCUAUCCUUCCUGCUCUCGUCUCCGUCGUCUCUGCUCAUGGAGUCGUCCUCUCUGUCGAGGGUGCCAAUGGUGUCUCUAUGCCAGGUCUCAGCAUCGCCGACGGAACUCCUCGUGAUUGCUCAAGCAACCGAUGCGGCUCUCAGGCUGACACCUCCAUCAUCCGCGACCGCGAGAUUCGCAGCGGAGAGGCCAGCGCCCUGGGCAGGACCCAGGGUAACGGACCUGUCGAUGCAUCUGUCAUGAUCUCCAACUUCCUCGGCGGUGGCAAUGGCGCUGCCAAUGUCCCUACCAACAACGGCACCGCCGCCGGCGUUGGUGUUGAGGAUGACCUCUCCAACAUCCCAGCUGGUCGUAACAACAACAACAACAACAACAACAACAAGGAAAAGAAGCGCCAGCUCGGUGGUUUCUUGGGUGGCCUCUUUGGAGGCGGUCGCGGUGGUGCUGGUGGCGGCGACAAGAAUGAGAAGGCUGAAGAGACCAGCGUUGCUGCGACAGCAGGAGAGGGUGCCAACUCUGGCUUACCAACCGCCUCAGACAAUGGCGAGGUCACGUUGACUUACAGACAGGUCAACCAAGAUGGCGCCGGUCCCAUGACAGCUGACAUCGACGCAACUUCAGGCGGCACUGACCCCGAUGCCUUCCAGACCGCCGAGGUCACUCAGGAUGUCCCCGGUCUCGGCAUCCAGGGACUCUCUCUCGCUACCAACACAGACUUCCCUCUCAAGGUCAAGAUGCCCCAAGGCAUGACAUGCGAGGGUACUGUAGGCGGUGCCAACAACGUGUGCAUCGUCCGCGUGCGCAACGGAGCUGCCGCUGGUCCCUUUGGUGGCUCUGGAGCUUUCACUCAGUCUACUGCUGCCCGCAAGCGCGCUAUUGCUUUCCGCCUCAAGAAGCGCAUGCAGAUUGUCCGUAACUACUAA